AAUUUGAAUUUUAUCCUAAAAUUAUCCAAAAUUGUGUCUUUGCUUAACAAAACAUCUAAGUCCGGGUGAAUGAAAAUAUAGAAAUUAUUAGAAUUCAGUGAAGAAAAUAAAGUAAAAGGCAAUAGUGCGGAUUAAAACAAGCUUAUUAAUAAUAGAAUACACAAAAGUGUUGCACAAUUUACCGUAUUUAAAGUGUAAAAACACAUUUUAAAGAAACAUCACACGUCACAUCUUUAUUUUAUUAUUUUAAGUUUUUGAGGAGAAAAAACAACAAUACAUUCUUCAUAAUGGUGCGGCAAGUUAUCUGUGACAACAAGCUUCGUACAAAUCUCCAUACUACAAUUACGAAAAAGGAAUUUUCAAUUGGACUUAUAAUAGGCCAGAUUGUAGCGAAUGGAGCAGACUAUGUGGUGCAUUUUGCAAAAACAUCUAUAUCCAGUUCCGAAUCAGAUUCUGGUUCAAGUUCAGAAUCAAAGAAAAAGCAAAAGGAUCCACCACAAAAGCUAAAUAUUGCUGGUAUCAAUAACAAUGAAGUUGCAGAACAUGCUUUAAAUGCAUUAAGAAUGCUCUCCGGAGGAUUCAAUAUUCUUGGACUUUACGUUGUAUCUGAGAGCAAUAUCAUGAGUGAUAACAGUGCACUUGAAAAGCUUAAAACUAUUCUAAUGGAUAUAAAGAGCACAUUGAAUUCCAAUGGAUUACUUUAUGCAAACACCGAUGACCUUGAUCAAGGAAACAAGCUAAUACUCAAUUACACAUUUAACGAAAGUUUCAUUUGUAAAACAAUAUCAACUGAUCCAUCAAAAGCUGUCGCCUCGAAUCCCAUUGAUUGGAAGUUUGCUGAAAAAACAAGUGGUUGGCAAAUAAUUGAAACUUAUUAUGAGAUCGACACAUAUUUUCCACUGCCACACACAAACAAUCACUGGAGACAAGAGAAACAUGUUAUGGAUACUAUUGAUGUGAUUGCUAAUACUUUAAAGGAAAGUUUGUUAUUUUUUGAUGGAAGAUCAGUAGAGAAAGAGAUGAAUUUUAAAGAAUUCAAAGAAACAAACUGGAGUGAGAAAGAAUUGCGUCUUCAAAAUCGAACAACAAAGGUUACAAUUUAUAGUAAAGUGCCUAAAUUAGCAAAUAACGACGAUGGAAGUUUGAAAGCAAGCGAAGAUUUAGCUCGAUAUACUGGAGUCAUUAGUUCAAGAGUGAAUGCCACUGAUCGUAAUACGAUUGGAGAUAUUGAGAAUUUUAUUCGACAAGAUAUUGUUCGUUCACUUACCACACGAUUGCAAAUUUAUUAUGACGCUUUGUUGGCCAAUGAUGAUGGUGGGAAUGAUGAUGAGUCUGAGCAUGAUAUGGACAUCAAUAACACAACUCCACCAAUGAGAGUUUAUUUUAACAAUCAAGUUCCAAAUGUCGUAUUUUGCGAUUAUUUGUUUGAACAUGAAACACUCGAGACAACAGUUAAGACUUCCAUGGAUAUUAUGGGAAAUUUCAUAUCAGAAGAAAAGAUUAACGAUCGUUUUGAGAAAAGGCCGCAAUUUUUGUCAUCGUCACAGCAAAAAUCUGAAACAUCGAAUGAUUCACGAGAUAAAGUUCUGGCAGUUAAGGAUAAGAAUCGAAUGAUUUUGAUGGUGGGAAUUUCUGGUGCUCUUGUUGGUCUUGUCAUAGCCCUCGUCGCUCGUUACAUCUUCCGUUCUCAAUUCCUUUAAUUCAUUCAUUUCUUUUUAAUAUUUUGCCAUUAAACAAACAAAUUAUUUUAUUUGUAAUACUUUGUUUGUGCACAUUGUUGAAGUACGACCACGCAAAUAAUGAUGAUGGAACAACAAAUGUUCAUUCAUUUAUUUCGAUAGCGAUGAUGUAUUGCGGUGUUAAGCAUGAAACAAUAAAUUUGUCAUUUCUUUUUUCCAUUAUAAAUUAUAUGCAAAUACAUAAAACUUUCAUUUUUCUCUUCGUUUUCUUCUUUGUCGAAGAUUAUUUAAUAGCGCGUGGUACUGUAUUGACCAUUCUUGAGAGGUUGUGAGAUGAAGAUGGACAUCUCACCUUUCUCGCCAUUAAUUUUUGCUUGUUUUUGUAUUUCUGCACACUCACGGC